AUGAAGGAGCGCUCGAGCUCGACGGUGAUGACGGGACGGACGGAGCGUCUGGUGGAGCAGCGACGGCUCCGGUACGUACAACAGCAGCUGUUGGAACUACGAAACGGCGUCGAUAAACAGUGGCAGGUACGAGCACGAAGCGACCGGACGAGGACGUGGUGGAACUACGACGACGACGGAGAAGGAAUGCAGCAGGACAAAACCUCCUCGAGUACGAGGUACAACCAGUACAGCGAGACGGUGAACAACGGCGAGGGAAGAACGGAGGUCGGCGAUGGAUUACGGUCAAGGAAUACGACCGCUUGCUACAGGCGGAAGGGUCAUGGAAGACCCUACUCAUGGAGAAGUCGUGUCACAGGUGGGCCAACCAGGUGGACCCAUCUGCCGCAGCAGGCUGCGGAGGACGAUCACGAGACGACGGGGGCGGUGACGCAGGGCGACAAGGAGCAGACGUCCUUGCUGGAUGACAGUAUGACAAUGGGCGGCACGGGGGCGGUCCAAGUGGUGGUGACGGAAGCUGCGGACAGCUCCUGA